CGCGUCCUGACGAGAGCGUCCAGCCGAGGAUCGCAGAUCUUCACAAUGACAUUGAAUGCUCACUCUGACAAAUUACGCCAGCGCAUCUGCGUCUCCAAUCACUUUGGGACGAUUCGGUAUCAUGGACCCGUUCCCCUUGGUUCCAACACUCUUUGGUACGGCAUUGAGUGGGACGAUCCCUCAAGAGGAAAACAUUCGGGUGCACAUGACGGGACGCAGUACUUUCAUACUCGGGUGCCAAACAGCGGCUCCUUCCUAAGAGUAUCAAAAGUACCUACUGACGCCUUUGCACGCUCAUUUCUGGAGGCAUUCCAAGAGAAAUAUCUUUCAUUACAGCCACAGGACGGAAUAGUACGAUUUGGAGGAAAUGGAGUGGAUGUGGAAACCGUCGGAUGGGACAAGAUAUCCCGCAAACUUGCGCAAGCAGGAAAUAUACGGGAGGUCGGGUUGGCGGGAAUGCGUGUGGGAUUUAGAGGAGGAAAGGAUGGACAAGUUCGAGAGUUGUGUCCUGCGAUAGUUGAUCUGGACCUCUCUCGUAGUUUAUUUCAAACAUGGAAAGACGUCGCGGACAUUUGUCGAGAAUUGGCAGACCUUCAAUCUCUGCGAUUGGCUUUCAAUCGAAUGCAACCUUUGGAGGAUACCGCGCACGGUGAACUGAAGGAUGUAUUCAAUAACCUUCGUGCAUUGACUCUGAUUGAAACGCUUCUCCCAUGGGAAGAGCUACAGAAACUAGAGACAUAUCUACCACAACUGAAGGAACUGCAUCUCGGCUUCAACCAUCUGGCAUCUUUUCCCCUCAUCAAUGGCUUUCAAAACAUCCAGUUCUUGAAUCUUGAGCACAACGAUUUCACAUCUUGGGCGGAGAUUCGCAAACUCGCCCUCCUCCCAUCUCUCCGUACCCUCAUGAUCAACAACAAUUAUUUGGCCAGCAUAGAAGCACCUGCUGCGGGGGAAUUUGCGGAGCUGACGACUCUCAAUAUCAGUAACAACAAGAUAAAAUCCUGGACUUCCAUUCAUGCAUUGAACUCGUUCCCCGCCCUCGUCGAGUUGAGGUUGCGACGAAAUCCGGUCCUCGAUGACGUUCCUUCAAGCGAUCUUCAUCCAUUUCUGAUUGCACGCCUGGCCAAGCUGACAACCCUGAAUGGGUCCACACUCACCCCUCGUGAACGAUCGGAUUCAGAACUUUAUUAUCUCGGACGGUGCGCCAAAGAGCUUUCCGCAUCGUCCGAUCCAACCUCUUUUCAUCUUUUACAUCCCCGAUAUGAGGAACUAGCACGAAUACACGGUGCGCCAACACCUGCCCCAGUUACAGCAACGUCAUCGAUACUGAAGGAUCGAUUGUCGACCAUCACACUUUGCUACGAAAGCAAGAAAAUAAGAAAGAAAAUUCCAAACACAAUGAACAUACGAGCGCUAAAGGUUCUUGCGAGUAGAAUACUUGGAGUGAAAGGCUCUGUACACUUGCGGAAGGUGGGAAAGCUGGGGGCACCGAAUAUAGAGAUGGAGGAUGAUUUGCGGGAUGUACAUUUUUACGAUGUAGAGAACGACGAUGAGAUUGUGGUGUAUGUAGAUUAGGAAUAAUGUAUAUAAUCCAUUAUUUGGCUAUAGCUGCUUUAUUUACGAUGAGGGUAUCCGGAUAUCCGUAUGAAGGCUUUACAAAGUGUGAAAGGAUGCCUUGAUAGAUCGCUUACGUGAAUAUUACCGCGCCA